GAAUAAUGAAACUGUCCAAAAAUUAGUCUCUCUUUUUAGCGGCCUCUGCGCGAAGGGAUACUCCUUCGAGAAAUUAUGCGGCGACCCUAGAUUUGGAGGCCUGCUAUCGAUGGUGAAUUCUUCUGAAGUGGAGAAUGUUGUUCAAUUGCUAAGGCUCAAGAAGCCGCAGUUGGCUGUCGACUUCUUCUUCUUGGCGAAGGAGCGUGGAUUCAAGCAAACUGCUUUUUGUCACCUCAUUGUGGCUCAUGUUUUGGCGGGAAAGCAGCAACUAGUGGAAUUGAGUUCCCUCUUACAGGGAAUGGUUAAAGAAGAAGGCCCUGAUUCUGCAUAUGCGCUUUGUGAUCUGCUUCAGAAUAACUUCGAAAACUGCAUAUCUUGUAAUGUAGUAUGGAAUAUGUUGGCCUUUUCUUAUUUGAAAGCUGAUAUGUCCAUGCUGCAAGAAGCAAUUGCAUUUCUGCAAGAUAGGAGAGAGCGAGACUUUGUUACUUCUGUGGCUUGCUUCAAUUCUAUCAUGUCAGCAUUCUGUAAAAUGGGUCUUGUGAAUGUUGCAACAUCAUUUAUUUCUAUGAUGUUUAAGUGUGGGAUACUGCCUGAUGUGUAUAGUUACAAUAUUGUUAUUCAUGGUUUAUGCAUGACCGGCUCUAUAACAGAAGCAUCCAGGCUUGUUAACGACAUGGAAGCACAUGGGUUGAAGCCUGAUCUGGUUACCUAUAACAUCCUUUCCAAAGGGUUUUGUUUUCUUGGUAUGAUGAGCGAGUGUUCAGAAAUAUUUAAUCAAAUGCUGCAGAAAGGCAUGCACCCUGAUAUUGAUAUAGAAGCUGGUGGUGUAAAACCUGAUGUUGUCAUGUAUUCCGUUCUCAUUCAAGGGUUGUGUAAGCAAGGUCGGAUUCGCAAUGCUCUGCAAUUGUAUAGAAGAUUGUGCUCGAAGAGAAUCAUUCCGAAUUCUUUUAUACACAGACCUAUUUUGUCUGGCCUAUGUGAGUACAGAUCACCAAAAGCUGCAAGAAAAUAUUUUGAUGAGCUGGCAAAGAAUGGCUUGAUGGAUGAUAUUGUUUUGUGUAAUAUCAUGAUCAAUAGAUAUGUUAAGUGCUGUGACUUAAAAGAAGUUCGCUGGCUAUACAGAUUUACAUUGGAGAGAGGAAUCACACCAAGCACUGUCACAUUUAAUUCUCUCAUACACGGACUCUGUAAUGCCAGAGAGCUAGUAAAGGCGCGAAAGCUGAUUGAUGACAUGUAUACAUGUGGUUUUGUGCCAACUGUUGAAACUUUUACGACUCUUAUCACAGCAUAUGCUGAAGAGAGAAAUAUGGAAGCGGUUUUUGAAAUGCUCUGCGAAAUGGAGAAAAUAGGCAUACAACCCAAUUGUGUUACUUACACAGUGAUUAUAAAAUUCUUCUGUAAAUAUGGUAGGCUUCUUGAAUCUCUUCAAAUAUUUAAGGAUAUGUUUGCCAAGGGCCUUUCACCUGAUGAACUCUCUUUCAACACUGUCAUAUGUGGGUUUUCUCAAGCUGGAGAUAUGAGGAUUGCCUUUUGUUUAUACAAUGAGAUGUUAAGGAAUAAUGUUCAACCUAAUCAUGUAACUUACAACAUGCUAAUUACUGGUCUGUGCAUAUUUUUGGAUAUAAGGGUUGCUGAUAUGUUUUUCUCUUUCCUUCAAGAUCAGAAUAUAAGUUUAUCAAAGCAAGCCUACACCACUCUUGUAAAAGCACAUUCUAUAAAGGGUGAUGCAAAGAGAGCAAUAGAUCUAUUCCAGCUAAUGAUAGAAAAGGGAUAUAAAAUAAAUUCUAGAGCAUACAGAAGUAUGAACAAUUUUGCCCUCACCAUUGGGAAACUUCUUGAUGGAGAAUAUUCGAGUUCUCUCACCAUAUUGCUAUUUUCUGCCACGAGAUUUUGCAAGGUGUGCCAGCUGAAUUGGGACGACAAAAACUUAUGGUUGAAAUAAAUAAGUGAGGAAAGAUCAUAUAUUUUGACCAUGUGAAUGGUGACUGUUGACUCUGAAGUAUUUAACUGCAGCAACCUAUUAAGAUUGCAACUCCAGUUUAGUCGGCAUCAAUAUGAUCUGAGUGUUGGGAUAAUGGUCCAAGCAUAUGAACCAGACCAACACCAUUAAACAAUCGACGGUCUCUCCUUGGACCCAACAUCAGCCCAAAGAAUCAGUCAGGUCCAAUCAAUCCAACCCUAUUUGCAGCUGAUCCGAGCAUCCCAAUGAAUCAGUCAAGUCCAAUCCAAGCCUAUUGGCUGCUGACCCGAGCAUCCCAAUGAUCAUGAAGGCACAAAGAAUCUUUCCCCGUCCCAAAGAAACAGACUAAAUGGUCGGCAAUAUCACAAGCGGAUAAUUGUCCAGGUCGUACCAUGUGUCGGGAAAUUGUGCCUGCAUUUGUUAGAUGUUUGUUCGUUCAAGCAUGUAAUCACAAGCCACGAAACGUUUGUGUUUGGUCUAUAAAUAUGGUUUUCCACU